UGAGCCAUUCUCUGGACGAUUAUCUUUUCCGUCUAACCACCAUUUGUAAGGUCCUUAAAUAAUCUUUUUUUCAUUCAAAAAGUGCCUCUUGAAUUUAAUAAUUUCCCAUAAGAACCCCUUGAUUUUCAUCUAUUUCCAUAAGCGCCCAAUCAAUUUCCACUCUGUUUUCAUAAGCGCCCCGUUCAAAUAAGCGCCCCUCAGAAAGUGCAAAAAAUAUUUUAAGCGCCCGGGCGCGUUUAUUCGCGCGAGUACAGUAACUAUAACUAUGUUGACAAUUUGAAUAUGCACCUUAAUUUACCUACAGUAUAUGAUGCAUUUAAAGCAAAAUGUACACCAGGAAUGUACCUUGCUGAAUAUAUUUGAAAAUUCUUGUGUUCCAAUCCAAUAUAAAUUUAGGGCAACAUGUGAUUUCAUUAUUUCCUAUUGUCUUACUGAAUGUUCGAGAUCAUGAUGUAUGAAAUAUGCACAAUCAUUUAGGACCACCACAGGCCUCAAUUUUUCACAAUAUUUAGCUGCAUCCGGCAGUAGAAGACAAGCUUUGCUGACAUACAUUAGAAACAAGGGAAAUCAUCAGCAUAAUUACAAAGUACUAGAAGAAGGAAAAGGAGACCUGAUAGUUGUUUAUCGACCGUCUGAAUAUCGUAAUCCUGCGAACUACCAACCAUGUUCAAACUGUUUAGGGUACUUUUCUAAGUGCGAAAUGUGGAAGCACAAUUGUAAACUGGACAGCAGCCAAAAUUCCAGAAACAAUGAAAAAAAAGCCUCACACGUCAAACAAGGAAAACUACUUCUACCACCUCCAAAGAGUGUUGAAGCUGGGACUAUAGUCCAUGAAUUGAUAAGUAAUAUGCGUAGUGAUCACAUAACCCAAUGUAUCAAGGGUGACAACCUUAUAUUGUGCUUGGCAAAACGGCUUUGCUUUAAGUUAGGGCACGACAAGGAGCAGUUUAACUAUUUACGUGCCAAACUUCGAGAGGUAGCACACUUUGUACUAGAAUUUAGGAACAUGACACAGAAAAAUGUUAACCUUACUGAUAUUAUUAACCCAUUGUACUCUAAGGAGGUUGUUCAGGCUGUGCGAAAUAGGAUUUAAUGAAGUAACACAUCUCUAUACAACCCCAAGUCUGGCAUUAAAACUCGGUCAUUCAUUGAAAAAAGCUUCAAUGAUUGUUGUGAACCAUGCGCUAAUAAAUGGAGAUGAAAGGAAAGAAAAACAAGGAAAAAAUUUCAACAAGCUGGUGAGUGACAAUUGGGACAUUGAUGUGUCUUGUCAUGCAUUAAGAACACUCCAUAGUAAUAAACGGAACAACCCCAAACUACUUCCAUUAACAUCAGAUGUGAUGUUAUUGAGCAAGUAUUUAAAAGAAAAAGCAGAAAUGUGUACCCUACAACUAAAUAAAGAAGAGCCAAGUGAAGAAGUUUGGAGAGAGCUAGAAAGAGUCACCUUGACACAACUCCUUUUAUUUAACAGAAAAAGACAAGGGGAGGUAUCGAAAAUCACUCUUGAGGAUUAUAGUCAGCUAAAAAAAGGGAGCUCGCAUGUUUUAGAUGUUCAGUUCCUUAGCAAAAUCGAAAAGGAGCUGGUGAAUGUUUUGUGGAGAGUUGAAAUUAUAGGGAAACGUGGCAGGACUGUUCCUGUCCUGAUUACUAAUACCAUGAAAUCUGGUUUAGAUCUGCUACUGGAAAAGAGAGGUCUCAUGAAUAUCAGAAGCAGUAAUCCAUACUUGUUUCCAAGUGGCUACGGAUCGGCCUCACACCUCCGUGGUAGUGACACUUUGCGCAAUUAUUCUGUCAAAUGUGGUGCUAAGCAGCCCCAUUUGUUAAGAUCAACAUAGUUGAGAAAACAUAUUGCAACAAUGACACAAGUAAUGAACCUAAAGGACAACGAACUGGAUGUGCUUGCCAAUUUUCUUGGCCAUGAUGUACGAGUACACAGAGAGUAUUACAGACUACCUGAGGCCACCUUGCAAGUAGCAAAAGUUUCGAAACUCUUGUUUGCUUUAGAGGGCGAAAAUUCGACUGCAGUCAUGAGUGGAAAAAGCCUGGAUGAUCUGCAGGUAAAUGCAGAAGAAGAAAUUGAGGCAAUGAGUGACGAAGAUAGCUCGUCCGAUGAAGAAACAUUAAAACCAAAAACAAAAAUGACUGUAAAGCCACGAAAAAGACAAUGGACGGAAGAAGAAAAGCAUGGUGUGGUGACAUAUUUUAAAACAUCCAUUCAAGCUGGUCAAACUCCUGGGAAGAAAGCUUGCUUAGAGUGUAUCAGUGCACACAGGCGUUUGCAGAAUCGUAGCUGGCGGAAUGUAAAAGAUUUUGUCAGAAACAAAAUCACAUCGUCUGCUCGAUAUAAUUCAAGAUAAAGUGAGACAUGUCAUGGCGAAAUGGUUAAGUUGUCGCACAGGCCAGUAUUGAGUAAAUGAGCUAUAAAAUAUGGGAACUCAAA